GGGAGUUAACUGUCAAAGUCCUUUUUCGCACUUCAACGCUCGUGCCUUCAAACUUCUUACUGUGAACUCAAAUCUCGACCGAACAAGUUGUGUGCUCCCUAUGAUUUCGUUAUUAACUGAUAUUAACUACACACACAUUUCUCUAAUCCUUGCACACACAUAGCUAAAUCGAAAUGGCUCUUUCGACCAUCUGUCCGUUCCUCGUCGCCAACAAGAAAAACUCGAAGCACGCGGCUUUGCUAUUUUUGAUCUCAAGUGGAUUGAUGAUUUUUAAUAUGGGCGACUUUAUCGACGACUUGAUGAUCAUACGGCUAGAUUAAGAUCAAUUGUUCGAAAUUGAAGUCAAAAUAGUCAUUGCCGGGAACGAAACCUUUAUUUUUAUUUGUUUUUGAAAGAUGCAGAUAAGCCUAAGAACUUGCGGAAGAAGUAACCAUCUAAUUGCAAUCGUAUCGAAUUACUAUUACUAAGCUGAGUUCACAUGUUCCACAUCAUUUACAACUUUGAGUAAUUAUACCCUGACUAGUAAUUUUAUGUAUAAAAAAAUGUCAAGUGCAGGCUGCAAUUUAAAAUUCGCGCUGAAAUAAGAGUAAUUUUCCGGAAAAACUAUUUACAUAUAAUACAUAUAAAUGCUUCGAUAUAUAUAGUACAUAAAACCUAUCGAGUGCCUCGGCAUCCAGGCAAACAGCUGUUUCUGCCUCGAUAGACCCCGGCAAAAUGCAUCUAAUAUCGAUAGGCGAUAGGUCGCGCACUUAAGAAAUUGAAUUUACCUAAAGUAAACACCAAACGAAUCAUAAAGCUGGGCCGCGCAAUGAACGGAAUGAACUAUUUUCCGAACUAUUACUCCAUCGAGGACAUAUUCGUGACCCAGGAGAAGGUGGAAUGUCGGGUGAACACCAAGCUGCAGCGGAUGGGAUUCCUGGACUCCGGCGCGGAAUCGGAUGACCUGGAGCCCGGCAGGACGGUCAAUCUGCCGUUGUGGUACAUCAAGGAGCUGAAGGUAAACAAUGCCUACUUCACCGUCGCCGUGCCAGAUAUCUAUCGCAAUGUGCAUAAGGCCGUCUGCGAGGCGGAGACCACGCACAUCGAGCUGGGACGCCUGCACCCGUACUUCUACGAGUUCGGUCGCUAUCUGACGCCCUACGAUCGCAACCAUGUCAUCGGCCGCAUCAUCUUCGAAACGCUGCGCCAGAGGGUACGUCAUCUCCUGGACAUCUCGAAGAGCGACGGACAGGCAGCCAAGGCGGAGCAUCGACUGGAUAACAUCGAGGCCAAGCUGCACGAGGCUGGAGUGCGCACCAACAGUCAGUACAUCGAAUGGCUGCAGAUGACGGGCAACAAGAUUCGCACCUCGGAGCUGGUCGAGGAGCACCAAAAGAAGCGGCGACGUGCGGAUCGCAGCGAUGACGAGGGCGAUGCUCUGCCCAACAGCAAGCGGGCCACCUUGUAACAAGCAGAGUAAAACAACAAAAACAGACCACUGAUGUACUGUGGAACUGUAGCAACUUUAUUUCGUCCAUUCGUUCGGUGGCCAUAGGGCAGCCUGACCUCUCAAAAAUACACUUUUCAUCUACUCUAUGCACACGGCUAAAUCCAUUUGUACAGUUCAAAAUACAUGGGUUUCGCAUACAUCUACGCAUAACUAAGCAUCCAAUCCGGGACCGGUCUUAAACAAAACACAUAGGAGCUGCCGUUCUGCGUUUUUCAUUGACUUGGCAAUAAGCCAAAGCGAUGUUGCGCCACAUUGUUACAUAUAAAUAGUUAACUACAUAUAUAAUUAUAUUCUUGUAAGCUCAAUUAAAAUUUGAUUUUGUGCUAGUUUCACAUACAGUUCACAAAUAAACAUAUACACCAAUGUCCAGCGUACAUAGGUAGUUCGUUUAAAAGCAACCAAUAUAGGACUUCUAUUUCAGGGACCGUAAUGCUUAUAAGUCUGGAUUGUGCUAUUUGUUUAUUUUGGAAGAGUUUUCAAUGGUAUAAUGUAAUGAACUAAGCAAGUUAGGCUAAAGCGCACAAAGUAGGCCAAUAUACAUAUAUAUUAUACUCGUAGGUGGAAAAUGUAACAAAUGUGUUUUUUUUUUCAUUUCUUUGAUAACCUAAUAAAGAUAAUCUAGUAAAACAAAUCAAUAUCAAAUUGUCUGAACAUCAGAAGCUUCGCAAAAUGAGCAUAUCGAAAUAUAUCAAACAAGUUUACAGCAUUUGAAUUUAAACGAUAAGAUAAAGAAGAUACUAAUGUAGCACAAUUAAAAUUCUGAUUACUAAUAUUCUUGUGUCUUGUAAAAUAUCGUGAUAUGCAAUUCAGAAAAUAUAUAUACAUCGUUUUCCACUUGACCAUAUUCUCUACAUAGAUGGCCGAAAAAUGAUCUACGGUCCCCGGUUAUCU